AUGGCCAUGGGACAGACAAAGGCUGUGGGUAGCCCCCUGGUCAUGGAUCCUACCAGCAUCUGCAGGAAGGCCAGGCGGCUAGCAGGACGGCAGGCUGAGCUGUGCCAGUCAGAGCCGGAAGUGGUGGCAGAGCUCGCCCGGGGCGCAAGGCUGGGGGUCCGAGAAUGUCAGUUCCAGUUCCGUUUCCGACGCUGGAACUGCUCCAGUCACAGCAAGGCCUUUGGGCGCGUCUUGCAGCAGGACAUCCGAGAGACAGCCUUCGUGUUUGCGAUUACCGCAGCCGGCGCCAGCCACGCGGUCACGCAGGCCUGUUCCAUGGGCGAACUCCUGCAGUGUGGAUGCCAGGCACCCCGUGGGCGAGCACCGCCUAGGCCCUCUGGCCUUCUGGGCACUCCUGGACCUCCAGGGCCAACAGGUUCCCCAGAUGCCAGCGCGGCCUGGGAGUGGGGAGGCUGCGGAGACGAUGUGGACUUCGGGGAUGAGAAGUCAAGGCUCUUUAUGGAUGCCCAGCACAAGCGGGGACGUGGAGACAUCCGGGCACUGGUGCAGCUGCACAACAAUGAGGCAGGCAGGCUGGCGGUGCGGAGCCACACGCGCACCGAAUGUAAGUGCCACGGCCUUUCGGGUUCGUGCGCGCUGCGCACCUGCUGGCAGAAGCUGCCUCCGUUCCGCGAGGUGGGCGCACGGCUGCUGGAACGCUUCCACGGCGCCUCGCGCGUCAUGGGCACCAACGACGGCAAAGCCCUGCUGCCUGCCGUCCGCACGCUCAAGCCUCCCGGCCGAGCCGACCUCCUCUACGCCGCCGACUCGCCCGACUUCUGCGCCCCCAACCGGCGCACCGGCUCGCCCGGCACGCGCGGCCGCGCCUGCAACAGUAGUGCCCCGGACCUCAGCGGCUGCGACCUGUUGUGCUGCGGUCGCGGACACCGCCAGGAGAGCGUACAGCUCGAGGAGAACUGCCUGUGCCGCUUCCACUGGUGCUGCGUGGUGCAGUGCCACCGCUGCCGCGUGCGCAAGGAGCUCAGCCUGUGCCUCUGACUCGCCGCUGCCUGCCUGGGAACUGCGCGCCAGCCGCCUCUUGGCAAUCUGCAGGACCACUGGAUUCCAGCAGGGGGCGCUGUCUGGGCCCAGCUGCUCCCUAGGAAAUAUACAUAUCUAGGCCUUGGGGAAACUACAGGGGCUGGGAGCUUGAGGUUUACACCUGCCCGCCCAGGCCUGAGGACCCUGCUCCUCCUGCAUCCCCCCAGAAGGGCCCUCUGCUGCGGGAGACUAUGCGGGCUCUUCUCCCUCCCUUUGGCCUCCCAGAUGGAAAUAAAAAAAGCCAGACUCUGGCCUCUGGA